GCCCGCGCCGCCUCCUGUGCAACGCCGCGAGCCGCACACCCUGCCCGUCGCACGCCCUUGCCCCGCACACCCUGCCCGCUCGACCCUCCUCUCACGUGUCAGGUUUCGCGUACGGAUUCGUAUGCGAAACGGGCGCACAGGCCACUCGCGCGCACACGCACACGAGUCGCGCGGACACGUGACCAGCGGCCGUCGAGCGCCGUCCGUCGCGCGCGCGCGGGUCUGCUCGCAACCUGGUCCAGCAUGCCCACGCAACCGCCGCUGGCCGAAAGCACACCCGAUGAAGAGCUACUCCUCGCUGACCUGUCCGCGGUCCUAUCCUCUCUCAAGCGGCUGCGUCCCUUGGCUCCCUCUGCAUCUCCCGAAGCCCGCUCAGUCAGACGCCGCCUGGGCUCCACUGUAGCUGACUUGAUCCCUGCGGUGAACACCUGCGUGCAACAAGGCUUCUUCCCCGGCGACGAUGGCGGCGACACCGAGCCCGCCCCGACUGUGCGCGCACCGUCCACCGUCCUCCGCCGGCUCGAAAAGAUCUGCAAACACGACGGGUCUGUCCCGCUUCCGACGUCAGCAAUGGUCAAUGUCAUCGCCGCCCUCCCCCCAGGAUCACACGCUACCGCGGAAGACGCAGGGCUGGCGAUACUGCUGAGAGGGUACGAGGACGCGGAACUCGCAGAAUGGCAACGUGUCCUAGAACCCCUGCGGCAGGCCCUCCCGUCAUCCGCCGAGUUUCGUGCUGGCGCUGCAAAGGCUGCUCAUCAACCAGACGUCGGACAACGCCUCGUCGAAAGACAUGCGACUCUGGAGACGUUCAGCGCUGCUAGACAACGCUCCCACAUGCUCCAUCUCAUCCUGCAACAUGUCGAAGUGCUCAAAUUCGCAUCCGACUGGUGCGCGCGCACCGGCAAGGGUAGCCGAGCCUACAAGCGAAACUUCAACCGCUCGACCUUCCGCCAGCUGCCGCACAUCCAACCACAGCUGCAGGGGCUCAGCCGCAAAGACAUCGACAACCAACUGAACGGGCCGCUCAACACCGAGCUCACGCAGUGGAUCCGACGGAACGAGCCCGUGAUCACCGCACGCAACCGCCUGCUCGAAAUGUACAACCAUUUUGGCGCGCUCAUAUUGCUUGACCCACUCUGGGACGUCGCGCACCUUGCGCUCCAUCGCUCGUCCACCUUUGCCGACGUAUACCGCGCCCUUGCCAACGCUACGCCCGCGCACGAUCGGCGCGCCCGCCACGAGCUUGCCUCUCGCGUCCUGCUCUCAGUCGUGGCGACCUUGGGUGAGGCAGACGACGCGGCGUUUGUACAAGCCUUUCUCAGGGACUAUACCCCUGCCAGUAUGUCCUAGAAUGUCGUGGAUUCUGUAUGCAAGGAAACAAUGCAAGGCCCGUUUGUAUCGUGACUUUCCCUGUAUGCAUGCACCGCGCGGUCCUCAACCGGCGGCCGCCCAUCGCGCUCGGCUCGUUCGGGUUCCUCACCAACUUCGACUUUGCGGACUGCCGCGCGGUCAUGGACGGCGUACUCGACAGCGGUAUCCGCGUCACGCAUACCCACCCCGCCAUGUACAGUUUGCGCAGGCAAACGAGUCGUCGAGUGGGUCGCUUGCGUCAUUCGACUCGUGCAAUGGUGCCGCAGCAGUGACACCGGCGCCGCCUUUCUGGCGCGAAUUGAGGAGGAGGGUCAGAGACGGCUUCACCAUCGCCUCCGCUCUCAGCAACACUGCGAUCGACCGUGU